CGGCUUCCUCCCGGCGAGCCCGCCUCCGAGCUCCUCUCUUCCGGGCGCUAGGCGCUGACCCGCGCUUGGCCGGGCCCCGGGGACGGGGCGCCGCGGCGGGAACCAUGGUGCCCAUGGAGACGCAGCUGCAGAGCAUUUUUGAGGAGGUUGUGAAAACAGAAGUGAUAGAAGAGGCGUUCCCCGGCAUGUUUAUGGAUACCCCUGAAGAUGAAAAAACGAAACUAAUUAGCUGUUUGGCAGCCUUCAGACAGUUUUGGAGUGGUCUUUCUCAGGAGUCCCACGAGCAGUGCAUCCAGUGGAUUGUUAAGUUCAUUCAUGGCCAGCAUAGUCCUAAACGAAUCUCUUUCCUCUAUGACUGCUUGGCGAUGGCAGUUGAGACUGGUCUCCUUCCCCCCAGGAUGGUUUGUGAAUCAUUGAUAAACUCUGACACCUUGGAAUGGGAAAGAACACAGCUUUGGGCCUUAACAUUUAAGCUAAUACGGAAAAUAAUCGGGGGAGUGGAUUACAAGGGUGUUCGAGAUCUCCUAAAAGUGAUUUUGGAGAAAAUCUUGACAAUUCCAAACACAGUGAGCUCUGCAGUUGUUCAGCAGCUUCUGGCAGCAAGAGAGGUUAUAGCAUAUAUCUUGGAACGAAAUGCCUGUUUAUUACCAGCCUAUUUUGCAGUCACAGAGAUUAGGAAACUAUAUCCUGAGGGAAAACUUCCACACUGGUUACUUGGAAACCUGGUAUCUGACUUUGUGGACACUUUCAGACCCACAGCAAGGAUAAACUCCAUUUGUGGCCGCUGUAGUCUUCUGCCAGUCGUAAAUAACUCAGGCGCAAUUUGUAACUCAUGGAAAUUGGAUCCUGCCACACUUCGCUUUCCUUUGAAAGGUCUUUUGCCAUAUGACAAGGAUCUAUUUGAACCACAGACUGCUUUGUUGAGAUAUGUAUUGGAGCAGCCUUAUUCCAGGGAUAUGGUCUGCAAUAUGCUAGGUUUAAAUAAGCAGACCUUGAACAUUGCUCAGCACAAGCAGCGCUGCCCUGUGCUGGAGGACCAAUUGGUGGAUUUGGUGGUAUAUGCCAUGGAACGGUCCGAGACCGAGGAGAAGUUUGACGAUGGGGGAACGAGCCAACUCCUGUGGCAGCAUCUCUCGAGUCAGCUCAUUUUCUUUGUGCUUUUCCAGUUUGCCAGUUUUCCACACAUGGUCCUUUCACUCCAUCAGAAGUUAGCAGGACGAGGACUGAUUAAAGGCAGAGAUCAUCUGAUGUGGGUUCUCCUGCAAUUCAUUUCUGGAAGUAUUCAGAAAAAUGCGCUAGCUGAUUUUCUCCCUGUCAUGAAACUCUUUGAUCUUCUUUACCCAGAGAAAGAGUGUAUCCCAGUUCCUGAUAUUAACAAACCCCAGUCAACUCAUGCCUUUGCAAUGACUUGUAUUUGGAUUCAUCUUAAUAGAAAAGCCCAAAAUGACGAUUCUAAGCUACAGAUUCCAAUACCUCAUUCCCUAAAGCUUCACCAUGAGUUCCUACAGCAGAGUCUGAGAAAUAAAAGUUUACAGAUGAAUGACUAUAAGAUUGCCUUGCUGUGUAAUGCAUAUUCCACAAAUUCAGAGUGCUUUACGUUACCUAUGGGAGCUCUAGUGGAAACUAUUUAUGGAAAUGGAAUUAUGAGAAUACCUCUUCCUGGAACAAGCUGUUUGGCUUCAGCAUCUAUAACUCCCUUACCCAUGAACCUUCUGGAUUCACUGACAGUUCAUGCCAAAAUGAGCCUUAUUCACAGCAUUGCAACCAGGGUGAUAAAACUUGCUCAUGCACAGUCACCUCAGGCAUUGGCUCCAGCCCUAGUGGAAACUUACAGUCGGUUAUUGGUCUAUAUGGAAAUAGAGUCUUUGGGCAUCAAAGGAUUUAUCAGUCAGCUCUUGCCUACUGUCUUCAAGUCUCAUGCCUGGGGUAUUUUGCACACACUUCUGGAGAUGUUCAGCUACCGGAUGCACCACAUUCAGCCCCACUACAGAGUUCAGCUCCUGAGUCAUCUUCACACUUUGGCUGCAGUUGCACAAACAAACCAGAACCAGCUCCAUCUUUGUGUUGAGAGCACUGCCCUCAGGCUCAUCACAGCCCUCGGCAGCUCAGAGGUGCAGCCGCAGUUCACACGUUUCCUUAGUGAUCCCAAAACAGUGCUGUCAGCAGAAUCUGAGGAACUGAACCGCGCCUUGAUACUGACCUUGGCCAGAGCAACUCAUGUCACAGAUUUUUUUACAGGUUCAGAUUCAAUUCAGGGAACUUGGUGUAAAGAUAUACUUCAGACCAUCAUGAAUUUUACUCCUCAUAACUGGGCUUCACAUACCCUUAGCUGUUUUCCAGCCCCACUGCAGGCAUUCUUCAAACAAAAUAAUGUACCUCAGGAAAGUCGUUUUAAUCUGAAAAAGAAUGUGGAAGAAGAGUAUAGAAAAUGGAAAUCAAUGACUGAUGAAAAUGAAAUCAUUACACAGUUUUCUGUGCAAGGCUUUCCUCCUCUCUUCCUCUGUCUUCUCUGGAAAAUGCUCUUAGAAACCGAUCAUAUCAGUCAGAUUGGCUACAGAGUAUUAGAGAGAAUUGGAGCCAGGGCCUUGGUAGCCCAUGUGAGAACAUUUGCAGAUUUCUUAGUAUAUGAGUUUUCUACAUCUGCAGGCGGUCAGCAACUCAACAAAUGCAUUGAAAUUCUUAAUGACAUGGUAUGGAAGUAUAACAUUGUUACACUGGACAGAUUAAUUCUUUGCUUGGCUAUGCGUAGUCAUGAAGGAAAUGAAGCACAGGUGUGUUAUUUCAUAAUUCAGUUGCUGCUACUCAAACCAAAUGACUUUCGAAAUCGAGUAAGUGACUUUGUGAAGGAGAAUUCCCCAGAGCACUGGCUGCAGAAUGACUGGCACACCAAGCACAUGAAUUAUCACAAGAAAUACCCAGAGAAGCUGUAUUUUGAAGGCCUGGCAGAACAGGUUGAUCCACCGGUACCAAUCCAGUCUCCCUAUCUGCCCAUCUAUUUUGGAAAUGUGUGCCUCCGGUUCCUUCCAGUAUUUGAUAUAGUAAUCCACAGGUUCUUAGAGUUACUUCCAGUGUCCAAAUCCCUGGAGACUCUACUGGAUCAUCUGGGAGGCUUAUAUAAAUUUCAUGAUCGACCAGUGACUUAUCUGUAUAAUACUUUGCACUAUUAUGAAAUGUGCCUGAGAAACCGUGACCAUCUCAAGCGAAAACUUGUCCAUGCAAUCAUUGGCUCACUCAAAGAUAAUCGGCCACAGGGCUGGUGCCUAAGUGACACUUACCUGAAGCAUGCUAUGAAUGCCCGUGAGGACAGCCCUUGGGUUCCAGAGGACUCGUACUAUUGCAAGCUAAUUGGCAGACUAGUGGAUACGAUGGCUGGCAAGUCUCCUGGUCCCUUCCCAAACUGUGACUGGAGAUUCAAUGAGUUCCCCAACCCUGCUGCGCAUGCUCUACAUGUCACCUGUGUGGAGCUCAUGGCUUUGGCAGUUCCAGGCAAAGAUGUUGGGAAUGCUCUUCUAAAUGUCGUUCUGAAGAGUCAGCCUUUAGUUCCAAGAGAGAACAUUACAGCAUGGAUGAAUGCAAUUGGCUUGAUCAUCACUGCCUUACCGGAACCAUAUUGGAUUGUCCUUCAUGAUCGGAUUGUGAGUGUUAUCAGCAGUUCUAGCCUGACCUCAGAAACAGAGUGGGUUGGCUAUCCCUUCCGCCUCUUCGACUUCACUGCGUGUCACCAGUCCUACUCUGAGAUGAGCUGUAGCUACACGUUAGCUCUGGCACAUGCGGUGUGGCACCAUUCUAGCAUCGGGCAACUAUCUCUCAUUCCAAAGUUUCUCAGUGAGGUGCUUCUUCCUAUAGUGAAGACUGAGUUCCAGUUACUUUAUGUGUAUCAUCUCGUAGGCCCGUUUCUACAAAGAUUUCAGCAGGAGAGAACUCGGUGCAUGAUAGAGAUUGGUGUGGCAUUUUAUGAAAUGCUGCUGAAUGUAGACCAGUGUAGUACCCAUUUAAAUUACAUGGAUCCCAUCUGUGACUUCCUGUAUCAUAUGAAGUAUAUGUUUACUGGUGACAGCGUAAAAGAACAAGUAGAGAAGAUUAUCUGUAAUUUAAAACCAGCUUUAAAACUUCGCCUUCGAUUCAUCACACACAUUAGCAAGAUGGAACCAGUUGCAGUGCCUCCGCAGGCCCUAAACAGCGGGUCUCCAGCUCCUCAGUCUAACCAGGUGCCAGCAUCCUUACCAGUAACACAGUGAAGCUGGAGAUCUGUGGGAAGAAUGGAUCCUUCUGUCUUUGAAAGUGGACUCGGUCUCCUAAAUCUGAAUGUGAUCAUGCCAAGUGGUGGGACACAGUAGUGAUACUGAGAUUAGAGAUCCUGUGGGGAGAACAGUUCCCUCUGUCUUUGAAAGUAGACAUAGGUCUCCUAAUCUGAACGUGAUCCUACUGACUGGUGGGGUGCAGUGGUGAUGUUCACAUCGUUUCAUUUUGAUUCAAAUGGUGAAUCAUAAACCUUAGAACCCCUUCUUCCUGUCUAUAUUUUUGUCUCUAAGAGAUUAAAUAAGCUAUUUGUUUUUCAUAUUCAUAAGAAUUUAUCACAGCCUCCUAUGACCAUAGAGGAAAUUAUCAGAUGUCUUUUAGGGGCUGGAGAGAUGGCUUAGAGGGUAAAGUGCUUGCCUGUAAAACCUAAGGAGCCAGGUUCAAUUCCCCAGUACCCACUUAAGCCAGAUACACAAGGUGGUGCACAUGUAUGAAUUUCGUUUGUCAUGGCUACAGGCCCUGGUUCGCCCAUUCUCUCUAUCACUGUCUCUCUUUAUCUCUGUUUCUCUUUCUCUCAGAUAAACAAAUAAAUAUGUCUUUUGACAGGCACUCUUUGUCUUUCCUGUAUCAGCUACUGUACAGGGUAUCUUCACUCUUCAUGACACAUGUAAAGUAAUACUUACAACUCUUUAAUACAUAAAUCUCUUUUGGUAUAUCUUCAGAAUAACAGAUUUUUAUCAAUUAAAAUGCUCUAGAUCUCAUACAUUACAGGUGCAAACAAGGUCUCAUAUUUUUUUAAAAACUGACUGUAAAUAUUGUAAAUUUCCAUGUAAAUGACAUAGUUUCUACAGUGGUAGAUUUGCAGCCUUUGCUAUGAACUUAAUACAUGGGAUGAGUUGGAAGCCAUGUAAGAAAAUGACAUUUAAAGCUACAACAUUUAAAUAAAACCAGGCUCAAAUGAUUAUCUAAUCUGAUUUUUAAAGUCAUUGUUUCCUCAGGUUAAUGUUUACCUGACAGAUAAUAGGAUUCUCUUAACUCUGUAUUCUCAAAAAUUUUAAAUAGUAUACAUUUUAAUUCUUUGAGGCUUAUUAGAUUUUGAAGCCCAUUGUUAAUUUGGAAGAAAUCACAUUUUGAAAAACUUGAAAAACCCGAAAGUCCAUUAGAUAAAUAAAUUGUAGAAUUUCUUUAA